AUGAUGACGAUGAUGCCUCCUCAGCCGCAAGGCUACCACCAUCCACAGACGCUGGAGGAAGUAAGAACACUCUGGAUUGGAGAUUUACAGUACUGGGUCGACGAAAAUUACCUCUCUUCCUGCUUCUCCCAAACCGGCGAGCUAGUUUCUGUGAAGGUAAUACGUAACAAGAUCACAGGCCAACCAGAAGGUUACGGUUUCAUAGAGUUUAUAUCUCACGCUGCAGCAGAGAGAAUGCUUCAGACCUACAACGGGACACCUAUGCCUGGAACUGAGAUUAAUUUCCGUUUAAAUUGGGCUUCUUUUGGUGCUGGACAGAAAGUAGAUCCUGGAACCGAUCAUUCUAUCUUUGUUGGAGAUUUGGCGCCAGAUGUUACGGAUUAUCUUCUUCAAGAGACGUUCCGUGUUCACUACUCUUCUGUUAGAGGUGCCAAGGUUGUUACUGAUCCGAGUACUGGACGAUCUAAGGGAUAUGGGUUUGUGAAAUUUGCUGAGGAGAGUGAAAGGAACCGUGCUAUGGCUGAGAUGAAUGGGUUGUAUUGCUCAACGAGGCCUAUGCGUAUCAGUGCAGCAACGCCUAAAAAAACCGUUGGCGUUGGCUUGCAGCAACCAUAUGCUGCCAAAGCUGCUUACCCGGUUCAAGCCCCAACUGCAGUUGCCGCAACAGUCCCAGCAUACGUUGCGCAACCAGCACAGGUCCUUGCACCUGAAAAUGACAUCACCUGUACAACGGUUUUAGUUGCGGAUUUGGACCCAAAUGUUACAGAGGAAGAGCUGAAGAACGCAUUUUCGUCACUAGGAGAGAUUAUAUAUGUCAACAUACCUGAAACAAAGGGAUACGGUUAUGUUCAAUUCAAAACCAGGACGUCAGCAGAAGAAGCCAUGCAGAAAAUGCAGGGACAAGUGAUCGGUCAACAACCAGUACGCAUCUCUUGGAGCAAAAAUCCAGGACAGGAUGGUUACGCUACACAAGCAGAUCCCAAUCAGUGGAGUGCGUAUUAUGGUUAUGGGCAAGGCUAUGAUGCAUAUGCUUAUGGGACAGCUCAAGACCCAUCUUUGUACGCGUAUAGUGGAUAUGGCUAUCCCCAGUAUCCUCAACAGGGAGACGGUACACAAGAAAUUACAAACUCUGCAGCGGGUGGAGUUGCAGGGACAGAGCAAGACUUAUAUGACCCUAUGGCCACUCCGGAUGUAGACAAGUUAAAUGCUGGUUACAUUUCGGUUCAUGCCAGUGCCAUACUAGGACGGCUAUCGUGGCACCGUACCUCACCCCUCGCGUCAUAAUAACGAAGAGAAGAAUAGAGAAUGGUGGACUCUUUGAGAUGUUUAAUGUGUCCAGGUUCAGUUUUUUCUGGCGCCACUAGUCACUGCUCUUUGUUUGAUUGUUUUGCCUGUACCGGUUUAUUUUCUGUAAUCUACAAUCAGCAUCUAGUUAACGUGGUUGAUCUAUGAUGUGCUUUUUCUUUCUCUAUUUGAUUUUGAAAUUGUCUCUCCAGAGAAGGACUUAAGAGGCAUCUGCUUUCAUGCUAUUCGUGUUUGUAUGCUUUGCUCAGCUGUGAUUAUACAAACAUCACUAAUGCACAUAUUUGAAUUGAAAAAAAGGAGUUUGAU